AUGGCCGGACUCUCGCCGGCGGAAAUUGCGAUCCCGAUUCGUAGCGUGCUCGGACGCUAUCGAAACGUCACCGUGCUCAUGGCCAAGGUCGACGAAAUCAAUCUCGAUGAACGGCGCAUCGAACUCGACGACGGAAGCGAACUUCUCUACGACCGCCUCAUCUUCGCGGUGGGUGCACGGACGCACUACUUCGGCCACGACGACUGGGCCCAAGACGCGCCCGGACUCAAGACGAUCGACGACGCCGUGGAGAUCCGCCGCCGCGUCCUCACCGCCUUCGAGCGUGCGGAACGAACGCACGACGAAGCCGAGCGACGACGCCUCACCACGUUCGUCGUGAUCGGCGGCGGGCCGACCGGUGUCGAGGUCGCGGGAGCACUAGCUGAACUCGCGCACCGCGUGUUGUCCAAGGACUUUCGACGCGUGGUGAUGAACGACGUCCGCGUGAUCUUGGUGGAAGGCGCGGAGCAGAUUCUUGCCGGCUUCGAUGAUGAUUUGCGUGCAAGCGCGUGCGAACAACUCGAGGAACUCGGCGUCGAAAUCAUGUGCGGCGAUCACGUCACCGCGAUUGACGAGGAAGGUGUGGUCGUCGGUCAGCUUCGUAUCAAAUCUCACUGUGUCGUUUGGGGCGCGGGCGUCGCACCGAAUCCGUUGGCCGCCAAACUCGACACGCCCAAGGACAACCGCGGCCGCAUUAUCGUGGAAUCGGACUGCGCCCUAACGUAUCGACCCGAGGCCUUCGCGAUCGGUGAUGUCGCGCGUUUCGAAACCCCGGACGGCGCUGUUCUCCCGGGCGUGAGUCCCGUCGCGAUGCAACAGGCACGUUACGUCGCGGACGUGAUCGUGCGCGGCACGCCGAAGGCCGACCGUCGACCGUUCGAGUAUCUCGACAAGGGGAUGAUGGCCACGAUCGGACGCUCUCGUGCGGUCGCCGAAAGUGGACCGCUAAAGCUCACCGGUUUGUUCGCGUGGCUCGCGUGGUUGUUCAUUCACAUCUGGUAUUUGGUGGGCUUCAAGAACCGAAUCUUCGUCUUGAUGCAGUGGGUCUUUUCGUAUGUCGUCUACCGCCGAGGCGCGCGCUUGAUCACAGGUUCGGCACGCGGCGAAGAAAGCCCUUCGGGUUCAUCGUCCACGGAGCGUUGA